CCCUCAGCCACCGUGCUCCCUGCCAAAGUAGAUUUUCCCGUGUCAUUAAAAAAAGUAAAUCUAUCAAGUUAGGAACAGUACGUGGUUACCGAAACUUGCAGUCCUGGUUAAGAAAAUUAGUUAUCUUAAUUAUGUAGUUAAUGAAAGGUUUUGAACGUGUUCCAGUCGUCUCUCAGGUGUCAGCUCUGCGCUGUGACUGGGUUCUUCAGAGACAUUGUCGAGGCAGGCUGAUACAAGUGUGAUAAAUCCUCUCAAUAACUAUAGAGAAUUUAAUUCAAAUUAUGUUCUUCACACAAGGCAGAUCGCUUUUUAAAUUAAGUUGAUGAGUACAUUUACCUUGAAGAAACAUGUGCUAAACAUCACCAGUACCAGGACAUUUAACAACCCAGACUUGUGCCUGCAACAGCAGCACCUCUUUGCAUAUGAGAAUAAAACCUGAUACAGUGUUUUGGAAUACCCAAGAGCUUUUGGUAAACUUUCCUACAGUUGCACUUUACAACUUGGCACAUAGCGAAGACAAGAGGGGAAAUUUCUUUUAGCAAUUAAAAUUUUAAGAGUUUGAAAAGGUCUAAUCUCAGAUUUAGAGGAUUUAAUCAGUGGUUAUUACUUUCUUUGUAUUUGUUUUUAGUAUCCAGGAUAUUUUUUUGGCAAAAAUACUAUGCAACAAAUGCAUUAGAAAAGGCAAUUCAUCUCCUUAACUUGUCAUAAUAUCAAAAUAUCCAUUCUAUUUUUACAAAAAUCCACAACUUUAAUAAACCAUUUUUUAAAAAAAGUUCUAGAUCAUGGCUUUAAAUGUUAUUCAGUGAUCCUGCCUUUAUCUCAGGUCUGUAAUGUAUAUAUAGCAAAUAUAAAUGUUGCAAUAGAUUCUAUAGAUUAUAGAAUUACUGAUUUUUUUUUUCUUACAGAGUAUGGAAGUCAUUAAGGUACAAUUUAUGCCUAAAACUUUAAUAUUUUUAGCUUUCAGGACUGUCUCUGCGAAUAUAGUACUUAUUUCUGUGAGCAUGAAAAGUACAUAUUCCAAAAGAUCUUUAUCUGCAUCACCAAAUGAAACUGAAUGUUACCUUUAUGCAAAGAGAAACAAAGCAGAAAGUGAUCAAGAAAUCAGAGAGAAAGAGGAUCAACAAAAGCUAGAACAAAGCAGACAUUGUGGGAGCAAGGACCAAAUAUCACCACAUGAAUUCCUCUAUUUGUCAGAAAGACAAAACAACUGGGCAUUAGAAAAACAGAGUUGUGAUAUAGCAAGGAAAACUUGUAUGAGAGAGUUUUUCAGUUCUAAGGCUUGUUGUAAUGAAUCAGCAUGUAAAGUAUCAGCAAAUGAAGUGUUCACCAAAAAAUGGAGUCCUGAAAAUGAAGACCAAAGUCCUGUAGAAGAUGACAUUUCCAUGAAUGUAGGUGGACAGCCCUUUGAAACGGAGCUGCUCAAUGUGUUGAGCACUGCUGACACAUGUCAAAAUCUACCGGUACUAAACCCACCCCAAGUGCAGCAGAACAACAGUAUAGAACGAAAUAAUAAAAGAAAUGAGGAUAACGAGCUCAAACAAAACUCUUCAGUUACAUCAUUAAACAGACACAUGUUUCAGACAGAAUUGUUAAGUCAAAAGUCUGUCUCAAAUAAAAAGUGGCAGCAGUACCAGCUUUUUCAAAUUCCAUUUCUGAGUGGAACAAGUUCUUUGUUUUCAUGCAUAGAAAAUAAAAAAAGUAAAUUUCUGAAAAAUAUAUGUUCUUCAGAAGAUAAAAAUUAUUUCAAUUGUGAUAAGGAAGCUACUGCAGAAGAAGCUAAUAAAGAGAGAAAUAAUUCAAUGUCUGUAAUUCGAACAUUGAAACCUCUUAAGAGUAUACAACCACUGGAAAUCCCUAAUUUUCAAUUUCCUAGGAUUUCAAAUAAAAUAAAUUGUAAACAAUCAUCAACUAACUUUAGGGAAACAGACUGGAAGAAUUUUGAAGGUGAACCAUCUUUAAUGGACUCUAAACAGAUAGACUGUGUGCAAAAAAUAUCAGAGAUAAGGAAAGAAAAAAUCCACAAUGAUAAAAGCAGUGUAAAGGCUUCAACUGUUGGUUUUGAAUUUAAAGAAAAUAAUUGCCCAUCAAUUAACAAAGAGGAGCACAGCACUUUGGCAGAAGAAGAAGUAUCUGGAAUUUUUUUCAGAUGCAACAGCACUGACAUUGAAUAUAAUAAAAUAUUUGCUGAAAAUUACUUCAAAGAUAAAAUAAUGGAGAAUUCAGACAGUGAUGAUGACCAGAAGUCAAAGAUUCACAUUUACAUUAGUCCUAAAAAUGUUCAGAAUAAGAAAUGUGUCAGCUCUAAUGAUCUUUUGCAGAGAAGGAGGAGGAAGAGCACUAAUGAGAAUGCAGGAAUGUUUCAUAUGCAGAUGAGUAUUCCAGUAAAAACAGAAGCAUUCGAGAAAAAUAAGUUCAACUUACACUGUGGUGUGCAUGAUUCCAACAGGGCUAUUUGCUUGUACGAAGCAGAAUCAAAACUCUCCACAAAGGAAAUACUUGAUUUCCAAAAAUAUGUAACAAAAAAUAUUACAUUUAAAAGUAAUUGUCCUUGCAUUAUUGUGCAGGAUUUUCCAGAUAAGAGAGCAAGUUGCAAUGCAUUGAUGGGGAAGGAAAUGCUAAAAUUAAAGUUUUCAUUUCAAAACAUGUUUGGAUGGGUCAGGAUGUGGACGGAGUCUUUCCAUGAAGAUAUGCCCACGUGUCAGGAUGACAGUGUUAAACCUUGGUCUCAUUGCUGUGACACAUUAAAAAAGCAGUGUGAUGCUCAAGAGCCAGUAAAAAGCACUAUAAAUAGGAACCACAAUGAUAAAAUAUUCAUGUGUUUGCUGGCUGUUGUUUCAAAGCCUCUGAAGGUGGAGGUACUAAAGAAAAUGCUUGCUUCCUUUGUCAGUAGCACAAAUACUAUAUUGACAACUGAGGGGAAGUCUGUGCGAGGAGAGAAACAGUCCUUAUGUGGCAGAAAGCAAAAUCAGUUAAACUCAUGCACAGAUAAUUCUUGGAGGCAGUCCACGGGAUUUCUUAAUGAAAAUGAAACUUAUCCAGGAUUUUUCAGUUCUAAGGUUGUGGAAAGCAUUGAUUUUGAGUUGCAUAAUGGAUGGCAGAGAAGAUGCUUUUAUAGAACUUCAGGUGAAGAAGAGUACGCUUUCCUUCAAAGAGGUGCCUCCUUUCAUAACCAAAAAAGCAGAUUAUGUAAGGGAAAACAUGUCAGGAAACACCACCUCUUAUCCAGAGAGAGUGAAGGGUUUACCACUGAUUUGAGGUCAGUCAGUCACAAAAACUGUAUGAAAAAGCAAAUUUUACCUGCUAAAUACCUUAUCUUGCUGCAGAGCUCUUCUAAUAGUUCGUCACUACACAGGAUCUAUUGCUGCAAUACCAUAAAAGUACAGUAUCUGAUAGGAGCCAAUCUUAGAUACCAGAGUUACUUUUCUGCUCAUUCACAGCCGAAAUUUGAAAAAUUACAUAAGAAAAGUACAGAUCAGGAAAUACCAGUAAAUACCCUAAAGCAGGAGAAGAACAAACCAAGCAUAAAGCUUAAUAGUUCUUUUAAUGUAGAAUUAUUUAAAACUAUCCCUUUUGUUUUAUAUGAAAAUAAGAAACACAAAACAACUGGAUAUAGAAAUGGCAUAAUUUCUACAAAUGAAGUCACUAAUGAAAUAGCAUAUACCAUGAAAAAAUAUUUGGGUAACUCUAGUUAUAUAAAUGCUGAUGAAAAAGAAUGUGUUAAUCCAAAAGAGUUGCAAAUGAAUUGUCACGACCUUCUUUAUAAAAAAUCUUUUUCUAUUUUUGACACAUAUGAAAAAAUUCCCCUAGCCACUGAUUCUGAAGACUUUGACCAGAUCCCACUUGUAAAGCAAGACAGUUCUAUGCAAAAAAAGUUUUGUGAAGAAAGUGCAGUCACUGGUUCAAAAGAAAUUCAGUGUUUGCCUGUUGAAUCAAACAAUGUCUCAAUUCUAUCUGAGCAGCUAAAAGCAACCACAGAAGAAUAUACUUAUUUCCUGUUGCUAGAUAGACAAAUAAACAAACAUGAGAAUUGCAAAGACUUAAGUACUUGUAGCCCACAUCCAGCAAAUAAAAAAGUAGACGACCAAAAUACUUAUUUAUUUUCUGAAAAUUUAUUUCCUAGUUCCUCAAAUGUUUAUCAGUCUGUCACUUUGCCACUGGAUAGCAGCUCAUUUGUCAACAGAGAAAUAAGUGAAGAUGGGCCCUGCAGGAAUUCCUCAAGUGCAGACAAACAAAAGGCAAGUGAAACAACUCCUGCCAUGGUACAGUAUCUAUCCACGGGCAGUCCUGCCGUGGCAGAUACACACUUGCAAUUAGCAGCCAAAGAAACGGCUCCGUUUGCUUUACAAGGCCACGAACAGAUGAAUAAGAUAGGCAGUUCAGAGCCAGCAACUUUGAAACAACAUCUUGAAUAUGUAAAAGGACAGGAAGAGAGGACUUAUGAACAAAUGCAUGUAACUAAUGAAAGUCAAUGUAAGACUGUAAUUAAUUACUUGAUUAUGUCAUAUUCAGAAGAGAAAUCUAAAACAUUCAUUGCUGCAGAAGAGGAAUUAAAAAUGCCUUCAUCCAUAAUGAACAAUGGAUGUCUUGAAGAUGUAGAAGAUAAGUAUUUACCCCUAGAAAAUAAAAUCACACACGAAUUUGAACUGAAGAGAAAAUUUGAUUUAGUGCUAGAAGAGCUACAUAUGUUUCAUGAAAUUAGCAAAGAAAAUGUAAACACUUUAUCUAGUUUGGAAACAAACUUGCCCAACACUUCCUGCGAAUUAAGUAAUGCUGAGGGAAUAGAUGAAAACAUGGCAAGGGAUUCUCAAAGGAAAAUGCAUAUUUCUUCUCCAAUCUGUGGUACCACAAAAGAAAAACACAUGACUGACAUUAAUGAGAGUUCAUUGCAUGAAAGGACAUUGAAUGAAAACGAAGACCAGCAAGUAUCUAAGGAAUAUUCUAUUUCAAGAAUGUUAAGCAAAGACUUGCUGCACUCUCCUGCAGAAGGUGCAGUCUAUAGAAAUCCAUACACAUGGAAUCCAGCUUUUUUACCUGGCACACUAUUUAAGGAACAAAGCUAUAAUUUACAGAAAGAAGGAGUAGGAUUCUGAGCCAUCGCAUCUUGUCACAGAACCUGUGACUGCUUUGGAAAGGAGAUACCUAGGUGGGACAAGAAGAUUCAUACCCCAGGAGCUUUACAGUUUACUGUGACUAUCAGCCAUGCUUUCCUGGCUACUUAUAAACCCACAACACUGACCAACUUUCAGUGCAUGCCUUUCCUCUUCUAGCUGGCUCUUAAAACUCUUAGAAAAGACAUAGCAGCACUGCUGCCUUAUCAUUGACUUAAGAAUGGAACUUUGGGAUUUUUUUCUCAUCCCACCAUUAAAAAUUCUUGUAAAAGGCUUAGGAAAACUUUUCUCUCCCUUUACUAGGAUACCAGCUGAAUACCUAAAACUCUUAUACACACAAUUUGAUGUUCUAGCUAACUGCUCAGUGCUUCAUCAUUUUAUAGAAUGAUGAAGAACAGAACUAGAAAAGAUCUUGAGAAAUUUGACCCCAUCUUCUUCCAGAUGAAUCAUUGUGCUAAUCUCUAGUUAACAAGGUCAUGGGUAUUCUAUUCUGCCCCAGUAUUAUUUUAUGCAAAACUGAACUUCUAAAGGACGACUGAUACUACACUGAUCAGUGCUAGAGAUCACUACAUGGUGCAUACCUUACGUAAUAGAAUGUGGAACAGAAAAUAGACAUCCUCCUAUCCUGCUUUAUGUAAAAUGAGAGGCACAGGGCAAGACAUCAGACUAAUUGUGAGUAUUAAAGUGUAUCCACCUCAGCUUGUCCACUCUGUCCCAAAAUGUUAAUUUGUAUCAAAUUGUGAGCCUUUGCAGUCUGUUAGGAAAGUUAUGUAAUGUUGGGCUGAGGAUUAUUCUAAUCAGAAGGAAUCUGCACAUGACCCAGACGCAAGCAUUUCCUUCUCAGCCCAAAAGAAUCGGUUAGAUGCUCUGCAGCAGAGUGGAGGUGGGAUAGGAUGAAAUAAAGGAUUGCUUAAUUAAUAUUGGUCUAAUUUUAUAUAUUGUCAGGACGUCAUUCUUGUCUAUAUCAUACAGAAUUCUGGGCCUGCUUUCAUUUUUUAUUCUUUCUUUUAAAUAUAGGAUACUUUUUGUCUCAUGAUGUCAUAAGAGUACAGCCUCUUAAAACAUGCAAGGGCCCCAUCAGGAUUGGGCUUUCAAGAAAGGCUCGGCCAAAGAAGCUUCAUCCUUAUCUGAAGUGACUUCCUAGAUUCUUUUACCAAACAUCACAUCUGGGAUCACUCUGCUUGAAAACUCUUGAAAUGUUUUAACGUUAAUAUUUUUGGUACUUUGAUCUUUGUGGUUUAAGGGGGUUUUAGAUAUUAAUAUUUCAGUAUUUGCUAGUAAUUUAUUUAGGAAUACUCCUGUGUAUACUUGAUAGCAAAGGGAUUUAUAAUGAAUGUUUACUAGUAGAAGUUUUAAUGGAAGGGUGAAUUCCUUUUAAAGUUUAUGUAAUAUUAAUAAAAUCUGUCAUGUAUUUUUCAUCUAUUAAAAUAUACAGUUGAAAUUUUCUGUCACAUCCACACAUCCUUAGAAUCCUCGGUGUGUUUAUGUAGUUUUAAAAACUCAGUAUUUUUAAAGAGAUUUCUUACAAAUGUUUAGAGUGAUGUAGAAGAGCAUUUCAGGAAGUUAAGUUUAGAUUGCUAAAAGGAAGAUUAUGUUUUAGGCUUCAGUGACAGUUUCCUCCGAGGUACUUCCAGUUCUAUGUACUUGUCCCAUUAGACAAAGAAUUGGAAUAAAUCUAUAAAUGCUACAGACAUCUUGUCUCAUUCUGAGGGUACUGAUUGCAUUGCAUAUAUGAUGGAGACAAAAUAAUAGCGCAUAAAUUCUGGAGGUUAUAUAUCUUGAGAAAUGGGGACACUUGGAAUUCUCUGAAGCAUGCAGAUUUUGGUUAGGGACAUCUAAUUGUUAUUAUACUGAUAUUUUUGUUAUAAAGAAUAGAGGCAGUUUCAACUGAAUAAAAGCACAAAAAGAAACAAACCUGAGUGAAGUCUGAAAAAAAUUCCUGAAGUGUCAGAACAAGAGUAAUCUAAUAACAGGCAUUCAGAAAAAAGCUUUAGGCCAUCUGUGAUUGCACAGAGUUUUUUAGACAGAGAAUAUUUCACCCUGCAGUGGAUAAGAGAGUAUUCCAGGAUAAAAAGUGUUACAGAACAGUGAUGGAAUGAUGAUAAACCCCAACAAAAAUAAUAAUACGUGGUUGCAGCUGACACAAAGAAACUGAGCAAGCUGAAUUGAUAGGGAAUUUAUCUGCAAAUAAAAUUUUUUCUAGAAUUUUUAUAGAAUCUCUAGCACCAGUGCAAAGACUAAUUAACUUUAAAUUUUAAUUUCUUUAGCAGCAACAUUCAGACUAUAUCAUACAUAACAGUAAGCAUAUCAGUAUGUUUAUGUUCUAAGGAUCUCCGUAAGAAAAAAAGUUCAGUCCACAAUAUUGAGGGAAAUCAAUGAACUAAUAAAAUCUAGAAAAAGAGUUAUAAUUUGGUUCAUAGUUCCUUUUGUAUGAAAUAGUAAGAAUCUCAGACGAAAAUUUGUUUCUAGGAACAGCUGGUUCUAAAAUAAGAGUUUCUAAAUGAAUCUGUUAACCACAGAUUGUCCAAAACGUACAGUAAAUGGUGUGCACCUGGUUUAAAUUUUUAUUUAAAUUUAAUGUAAUUUUAAACAACAAAAGUUGCUAACUUUCCCGCUAAAAAUUUGGUGAUGCAAAUGUAAAACUGUACAUACUGAUUGAAAGCAUAGUUCUGGACAAUACAUUAUCCUUCAUCAGAGUAACUAAUUUAUGGAAAAGUUUAAAAGGGCUAAACCAAUGGACAAAUGGGACACAUGUUCAGAAGCAGCUCCUAGAAGGGCAGGGGCAUUAGACAACUCCCUUGGGAGUAUGCAAAUGAGGCAGCAACUGGACAGGAAUUGAUGGAUGGAUGGAUGGAUGGAUGGAUGGAUGGAUGGAUGGAUGGAUGGAUGGAUGACUUUUCCACCUUCACCAUCAGCAGCAGACAUCUCUGUCUCAGAGAGGGUAACUUGGCAAGGUGACACUGUGUAGCUGCUUGAGGGCCUAUGGUGGAUAGCAAACUCUAAAUAUCAGCUGAGGGUUGGUAGAGGCAUUCUGGUUUCUCAGUGCUUUGCAAGAAGUAUCAACUUAAGUUUCCCUGGAUCCCAGCAAGAAGAAGCUGAUCAUAAAUCUUUAGGUGAGUGGUGUUUAUUGUGUGCUGGCACAGAGCAAGGGGAGCUGGUCUAUAGGCAUUGGAAUGUCCCCCUGGAGUUUUGUCUUCACACAUGGGCAAACAGUUUUUGAGUGCUGCUAGAUAUGAACUGGUUGCCAGGCACAGUGUCUUAUCAAUAGCUCAUUUAGGUCAUAUUUCUAACGGUUGAUGUUUAAAGUAGAAGGAUUUCUUAAGAUUUGGGAGAUAUACUUCUGCAUUUACAACCCGCUGUGUCCAACAGACCCAAGAAAAUGGCCUUUGUCAUUCUGAAAUCAGUAACUUCAAUACAAACUCAUGUAUGGAGAUGAUGUGACCCCACUAAAGCGUACUUGUAAUGAACAUUCAAAUAGAUAGUUCUGAAACUGAAGGAUAACCUGUUCCUUGAAAUAUUUAGGCAUUUUUUUCUGCCUUAUAGUAAAAUUUCGGAUGCCUGGAAACUCAUAUUAGUCUAAAAUCUGCAGCAAUUAAUAUUAUAGAAAGAUUCUAUGAAAUUACCUCAGCAUUGUUUAUACAGCUAAUCAUGUUUCCACUGAGGAACAUUUUUGCCUAUUAUUAAAUCAAUGAACUCACCUGUUUUUUUUUAAAUAUGUCUGUUUGUCUGAUGCUUAUAUAAGAAAAUACUAUAAUGCUAUUGUCUGCAGAAGACAGAGGUACACAGGCUACUUUUUCAAGAGAUAAAGUCUUAAUUCACUGAAUUUAUACUCAGUGGCAAACUCCCUUGUGGUUGAUGGUGCAGCUUGUGCAAGAAUGUCCCCAAAUAUCCUGGAAAAAAUUCUGGAAAAUACCCAAAACCAAAAACCCAGACAAUAAGUCAAACGAAACAACAAAAAUUGGACCACGCAGAGAAGUAGAAUAGUCCAGCUGAGAUAUUAUGUAAACCUUAUGUCUGACUGCUCAUUCAGCUGGAGAGAGCUGCUAACAACAUGCCCUCAUCUUAAAUAACAGAGGAAGGGUUGGCACUGGGAAUGCUGCCUGGCCUUCUGCCAGCUCCAGCUUCCCCAGCCACCGUCGGCGGGAAUAGUUCAGGUACCUCGUCCUGCUGGGGAGCAGCACAAGAGCUCUCGACUGUGCAGCGAUGGAAGCUGGUGCCAUUCCAGGGACUUUGGGAAUUGCACGGGAAAAUGCCAAGCCAAGAUCCCACCAUAUGUCUUUGCAUAUCUGAUUGAAGCAAUACGUAUAGAUUUUGAAUUUUCCUGUUGCAGAAACUGUAUCUGGUGAUGUUUUUGAGUUAGCUAAACUUGCUAAUGCUGUCUGUAACACAAAUGCAGUUGUUAAGUGUCAUUAUACUUUAAUAAUUAUGCAGGAAAGCUUAAAUAUAAUUUCUGAAUAAUUUUGUAUCAGCUGCUAGAACAAUAGAUAUAGCUUGGGCUUGUUUAAUACAAAAGGAUUCAAUUAUAGCCUACUGAAAACCUUGAAUUUCAUUAUAUCUACCAAUACAUGUGAUUUUUUAAUAAAUAGUAAUUGAAUGUA